CGGGAAAAGAAACGACCACAAUGGGUUUAGACCAUCUGCCAGCUUCCGGUUUUCAAGUCGUAUUCUGUGCAUUCUCGAAGAAAUCCAUCCCCAGUGGAACCGGCGACCACUUCGCCCAAUGGAAUAUAUCGAAAAGAAGGGGAGGGUUUUUACUUGCUGUCCUGCCGCAAGGACGUGCUUGGUUAGUACUACAACACGUACAGGUGCGGAGAGAAGGCAGCAUUCGGACAUGGAGGUGAAGCAAGAAGCGGGCCGGUUCUCUUGUUCCGUUCGCUUGUGGCACGUAGGUGGCUACGUAUUAUGGAUGGACGGACGGAUGGACGAAUCUGUGAUACAGAUAUGAAGGGCGGGGCCAUUCAACGGGCGCAGAGUUGCGGGCGCACUACACGUAGAUUGCGAGAACGAGAA